AUGGCUUCUUCUUCUUCUAGUCAAUUGAAGUAUCAAGUUUUCUUGAGCUUCAAAGGUGAAGACACGCGCCUUAACUUCACCAGCCAUCUCCUCAAUGCUCUGAAAGACACCGGCAUGAACGUCUUCUUCGAUGAAGAUAAACUGGAGAAAGGGGAGCAGCUUUCACCGGCACUUUCCCAAGCAAUAGCAGCCUCAAAUCUCUCAAUGUUGAUCCUUCUCAUGUCCGAAACAUUGCCACUUGAAGAAGUGAAUCGAUGGAGAGAUGCCUUUGUUGAAAUCGGCAAAUUAAAAGGGUGGCAUAUACAAGGCGGCAAACUCGAUAGAUCUGAGGCUGAAUACAUCAAAGAUGUCGUUGAGUUUGUCAUAAAAGAAUUGAAUAGCAAGUCUAAAAGUGUUUCUAAAGAAUUAGUUGGAAUAGAUGAUCAGAAAAAAAAGAUCUUGCAGCUAAUCGAGGAAGAAGAUAGCCGAAUAAUAGGACUUUGGGGAAUGGAUGGUAUUGGCAAGACUACCCUUGCUGAAGCUGUCUAUAAUGAAAUCUCUCAAACGUUUCAACGUCGUUGCUUCAUUCAAGAUGUUAGAGAGAAAAUAGAAAAACAGGGGAAGGAAUCUUUACGAAAUGAACUUCUUUCCGAACUAUUGAACUCGAAAACUUGUGUAGACACCCCCUCCAUAAGAUCCGUCUUAACCCAACAGAGGCUCAAUAAUAUAAAAGUAAUCGUCGUCCUUGAUGAUGUUAGUGACUCAGAGCAGAUAGAUCUUAUGGGUGUAAAACAUUUUGGUGAUGGAAGUAAGAUUAUCAUAACAUCCACAGAUAGGCAAGUACUUACGAAUGGAGGAGCUGACAAAAUACAUAAGGUGAAUAAGUUAAACGAGGAUGACUCUCUUCAACUCUUUUCUACAUUUGCAUUUAAGUCGUUGAAUCCUGCUCCUGAUUUUCGAGAUCUAUCGAACAAGUUUGUGGAGUACGCCCAAGGCAGUCCACUUGCUCUUAAAGUUUUGGGUUCUAAACUAUAUACAAAGUCUAGAAAAGAGUGGGAAAGUGAGGUGGACAAGCUCAAGGAAUAUGCAAAACCAAAGAUUUCACAGAUUUUGAUGAGUAGUUUUGAAGAGUUGGAUGAGCAAGAGAAGAAUAUAUUUCUUGACAUAGCUUGCGUCUUGAAAGGGGAAUCCAAGAAAGAAGUAGAAGCAAUUCUAAGUUGCUUGUAUGAGGGUGCAAUGUGUGGAAUAAGCGAUUUGCUUGAUAAGAGUGUAAUUGAAGUGGAUUCCAAUGGGGUGAUUUGUAUGCAUGAUAAGCUUGAAGAGAUGGGAAAAUACAUUGUUCGCCGAGAAUCUAGAGAUCCUGGAGAGCGCAGUAGGUUAUGGAGUCUUAAAGACAUGAUCCAAGUGCUCAAAUAUAAUAAAGUGAAUAAAUCAAUUGAAGGAAUAAAGCUUUUCGUGAGUCGACUUGAAGACCAGCUGUUACUAUAUUCUGGUUUUGAGAAGAUGCAUAAUCUUAGAUAUAUCAUCCUUCAUACAUGUCCGUUCUUUGUUAAUAGUGUAUCUUUUUCUGAUGAGCUAAGGUAUCUUCAUUGGGACUUUUGUCCCUUGAAAUCCUUAUCAUCAAAUUUUAAUCCAAAGAAUCUUGUUGUGUUGAAACUAAGAGAGAGCUUCAUAGAACAACUUUGGAAGGAAGAUCGUCAGGAUCUUGUUAAUUUAAGGUCAAUUGACCUUUCUGGUUGCGACAGACUGAGGAAGAUCCCUAAUCUAUCAGGAGCCAUCAACCUUCAAAGCCUUUGCUGCAAUGGGUGUGGAAGUUUGGUUGAACUACCUUCCCUCAACCAGUUGGUAUCUCUUGAAAGCCUUGACCUCUCUGGUUGCGGCAGACUGAGGAAGAUCCCUAAUCUAUCAGGAGCCAUCAAGCUUCAGAGCCUUUGCUGCAAUGGGUGUGAAAGUUUGGUUGAACUACCUUCCCUCAACCAGUUGGCAUCUCUUGAAAGCCUUGACCUUUCUUAUUGCAAGAAUUUAAAGAAGAUUCCUAAUCCAUUCGGAGCCAUCAACCUUAAAUCACUUAAGUGCAAUUACUGUAUAAGUUUGGUCGAACUACCUUGCCUCAACCAUUUGGCAUCUCUUAAAGAGCUUGGACUGAAGGGAUGUCAUAAACUUAAGACGUUUCAGCAUCUUGUCGGACUUAGAAAGUUGAGUUUGAGUCACUCGAGGGUGGAAAAUGUAUCGAGCAAUAUUUCAAAGUUGGAAUCUCUUAACGUUUUGGAACUUGAGGAGUGCGAAAGGCUUAAAACACUCUCAGAGCUUCCACGAUAUCUGGGGUGCUUGAAUGCAAAUUAUUGCCGCUCAUUGAAGAAAGUAUCCUUCACCGAUCAUAAUUCCAGUUCAUUCUUUUCUUUACAUGAUGGUGAUGACACUCCUCGUGAUGAAAAGGUUUCCAUGUCAUUCCUUAAAUGCUUCAACCUGAAUAAUGAUUCAAUUAAAAACAUUGAGAGAAACGCGGUGCUUCAAAUUCAAUCCCUAGCACAGAGAUGGGCAAGGAGACAAGGGAGGGGUUCUUUUGGAAAUCAAUUUUUUUGUUGUUUCCCAGGAAAUGAAGUUCCAGCAAAUGAGUUUGAGCAUCGAAGCGUGAAUCCUUGGUUAAAUUUAAAGAUAGCCCCAAAUGGGUGUAGUGGGAGCAGAUUCUUGGCAUUUGCUUUAUGCUUUUUGGCUCAUUCCCUGAUUGAAGACGCAGAUGUUGGAUUUAUAUGUAAAUACCAACUGACAGCUGCCAGUGGUGAAAAGUUCAUGGGAGAGAGUCGCGUUUCUUGGAGAUGGGACAGGGGCUACGCAGGUCAUGUGUUCAUUGUGUUUAAUAAGGAUAUGAUUAUAAGAGACAAUGAUUAUGAGAAGGCAUCAUUUGAGUUCUACAUCAAAGAUCAUCUUGGUAGACAAUAUGAAAGGGUGAAAUGGGGUGUUUAUGUAUUUUAUGUGGAUGCAGAGAGUUAUAGCAUUAGUGAUGUGAUGAGUUGUGAUAGAAAAAGAAGAUUUAGGGUCCUUAAGAAUUUAAUUGCUUCUGAUGCCAAUAAUGCAGAAGUUAUCACUAUCAAAAAUUCUGAUUCUCAAGAAGUUGCUAAUAUUGAGGUGGCUCAUGACGGUUCUGCUACUGAAAUAAGAACUGGGGAUGAAAGAAGAUUUGGCAAUGGUGGUGAAGAAGGUGGAGGCUAUUUUGAAGGGUAUCAUUUGUCGGAUUACCUGUUAUAUGGCAUUUAUCACAUGUUCAGUUUGUCUUCUUUUUCUUUCGCUGCUGCUGCUGCCGCUGCAUGUGAUUCGGAGAUUGCCUCCUCUGCUGCCACUGCAUAUGAUUUGUCAUUGAUCCAAAAUUACUGCAUUUGUUUGUACAAAAGUACAUGUGUGCCAAUUCAGGGAAAUAAGAAAAUAUUUCUUGACAUAGCAUUCUUCUUUAAAGGGGAACUCGAGGAAGAUGUAGAAGAAAGAAGUUGCUUUUAUAAGGGUGUAGUGAGUGGAAUAAGCAACUUGAUCGACAAAACUCUACUUCAUAUGGAUUCUAAUAGGCAGAUUUCUAUGUAUGAAGAGAUGGGCAAGGAUCUUGUUCGCCAAAAGGAAGAUUUGUGUAAGAGUUACGGAUUGAAUUUCUUUCUAUUUGAUUGCUUAUUAUGUUUUCUCAUAAUGUUGUAUGUGGAGGUUAUUUUCAAGGGCAUCAUUUGA